AUGGUUGGUGGGGGACUUGCAGGAGUAGGUUCCAAGUGCAUAAUUUAUCCGUUGGACAUGGUCAAAAAACGUAUGCAAGUGCGGGGUUUCGAAGAAGCACGUAUUCAAUUCGGCCAGAUUCCUAACAGACAGGGCGGCUUGUGGAGAUGCUUGGUUGAAAUAUGGAAAGUAGAAGGUGCUGCAGCAAUUUUCAAAGGUUUACAGUGUACGAACAGAUUUGCAGAUUUCUUUUUUAUCACAAUCAUUCAUAAGCUAAUCUCAGUGUUUUGUGAGAUUGUAUAUUAUGUUUGUGUAAUUCAUUCCGAAUUUUAA